UAGAGCCGCGCCGUGGGGAUCGGCGAUGCCGGCUAGCACGGGGAGGGUGAACCAGAGGUGAUCAGAGCCCCGGACUCUCCGCUGCUGACCUCUCUGUGUUAGUACAGUCCCCGGAGCUCCAUGGGAUUUGGUCAAGGAGAUACGCUCAGAGAAGCUGCGCAUGCCGCAUUCCUGGAAGAGUUCAAGGCCAGGACACCCGGCGGCGGGAGGAGGAGGAGGAGGAGGAGGAGGGAGAGCGGGGAAGGAGAGGCAGCCCGCUCUGACUGCAGGCAAGAGCAGAGGCAGCGAGGGCGGUGAUCACCGUGCCGAAGCUUCCCUGGAGCCGGCGGUGGCCGGGCAGGGCAGGGUUAAGCGAGCGGGGCCGGGCCGGAGCGGGGCCGGGCCGGAGCGGGGCCGGGCCGGAGCGGGGCCGGGCCGGAGCGGGGCCGGGCCGGAGCGGGGCCGGGCCGGAGCGGGGCCGGGCCGGAGCGGGGCCGGGCCGGAGCGGGGCCGGGCCGGAGCGGGGCCGGGCCGGAGCGGGUGUGCCCAGCCCCGGGCAGCAGCCGGGAGCUCCCUGCAGCUUCCAGCCGCCGCGGGAUCGAGCUCUGAAGGGCACGUCCCCAGAAAGACAGCAGCCCUGGUUAGCGAUCUGGUUGUUGUUCAGGUCAUGGCGCAAGGAGAGUUGCCGGGUGUUUUGAUUCUGGAUAUAGGAGGAACUCAUGGCGUGCUAGAAGACCUUGCAGCACUUCUGAAGAAACACUUUCACCUUAUCACCAUGAAGGAAUUUCUUGGAAACAAAGAAGAAAUGAGCAAAAAAAUCCAAUCUGUUUUUGUGUUUGAGUGCAGGCCAACUAUUGACCGUGAGCUUCUAGAAAGCCUGCCUAAUUUAAAAGUAAUUGGAAACUCUGGGGUUGGAGUGGAUCACUUAGACUUGAAAAUGAUCUCAAGCUUUGGUGUAAAAGUGACCAACACCCCAAACGCCGUGGCAGACCCAACAGCAGACAUAGGAAUGGCCUUGAUGCUGGCCUCUGCCAGAAGACUAGUGGAAGGCUGCCAGAUUGCCGUGUCUCCAGACACAAAGUAUUUUGCUGUUGACUGGCUGGGAGUAGAAGUAAGCAGAGCGACACUUGGGAUCAUUGGGAUGGGCAGCAUUGGAUACAAAGUGGCUCAGAGAGCCAGAGCCUUCAACAUGAGGAUCCUGUACCAUAACAGAAACCGGAGAAGAAAGGAGGAGGAAGAGGCUGUUGGUGCUCACUACUGUGCAAAGAUGGAAGACCUGCUGCAGCAAUCUGACUUCGUUAUGUUGGUUGUGAACCUGACUCCUGAGACUCACAAACUGAUUGGGAGAAAGGAACUGGGGCUGAUGAAACCCACAGCUACUCUUAUAAACAUCAGCCGAGGUGCAGUUAUUGAUCAAGAUGCAUUGGUAGAAGCUCUCCGGAAUAAGGUUAUUAGGGCUGCAGCUCUGGAUGUGACAUACCCUGAGCCUCUGCCAAGAGAUCAUCCUUUAUUAAAUUUGAAUAAUGUCAUCAUAACCCCACACAUUGGAACUGCAACAGUCCAAGCCAUCCAUAUGAUGGCAGAAGAGGCAAUAGCAAACAUACUGGCUGUUCUCAAUGACCAACCCAUUCCAAGUGAAGUGUUUCCCAAAUGAUGAGUGCCAAAUGAUGCCACUGAAGCUCCUGUGUAAGGGAGGGCACUAUUUCUUACCACUUUUAAGCUAAAAAAAAUAAAGCAACCUGUUCCUGCACUGCUCAUCAUGAUGCUGCAAAACUGUCAGACUUGAUUUGUUCUGUUGCAUACAAUUCCAAAAAAUAAAGUGAAAUUAAUAAAAGAGAUUUGUUUGA